AUGCCGGUGACUGUUACCCACCCAACCGUCACAACCACCGUGGGGUCCCCCACCGUCAUAGGGUCCCCUAGGGCCCUGACCCAGCCUCUGGGCCUCCUCCGCCUGCUGCAGCUGGUGUCCACCUGCAUGGCCUUCUCGCUGGUGGCCAGCGCAGGCGCCUGGAGGGGACAUAUGGGUAACUGGUCCAUGUUCACCUGGUGUUUCUGCUUUGCCGUGACCUUGGUCAUACUCCUUGUGGAGCUGGGCGGGUUCCAGGCCCGGUUCCCCUUUUUUUGGCGCAACUUCCCCAUCACCAUCGCCUGCUAUGCGGCCCUCCUGUGCCUCUCGGCCUCCAUCAUCUACCCCAUCACCUACGUGCAGUUCCUAUCCCACGGCCCUUCCCGCGACCACGCUAUCGCCGCCACUGUCUUCUCUGGCAUCGCGUGUCUGGCUUACGCCACCGAAGUAGCCUGGACCCGGGCCCGGCCCGGCGAGAUCACUGGCUACAUGGCCUCCGAGCCGGGGCUGCUGAAGGUGCUGGAGACCUUUGUGGCCUGCCUCAUUUUCGUGUUCAUCAGCAGCCCCUACCUGUACCACAACUGGCUGACCCUGGAGUGGUGCGUGGCGGUGUACGCCCUCUGCUUCGUCCUGGCAGCCCUCACUAUCCUGCUGAACCUGGGACACUGCACCAACAUGCUGCCCAUCCCCUUCCACAGUUUCCUGUUGGGGCUGGCCUUGCUGUCCGUCCUCCUCUAUGCCACUGCCCUUGUCCUCUGGCCCCUCUACCAGUUCAAUGAGAAUUAUGGUGUCCAGUCCUGGCAGGCGAGAGAUGUGAGCUGCAGCGACAGAAACCCCUACCUUGUGUGUAUCUGGGACCGCCAACUGGCUGUGACCAUCCUGUGA